UAUACAAGUCAAAAUAUUCUAUCAAAAUACCCAAAAAGUUGUCGAGUAUCUUCAACUUAGUUUCGACGUAGUUUGUACCAAUCAUUUAUAUUAUUUAAUGUAUAUAAUUUAUGCCUAUCUAGCAUAUGCCUGUCAGCAAAGAUUAUAAUAAUCAAUAAAUGAAAUAAAAAUUUGGAGGAAUACAUUUAUAUAGAAUUUAAAACAUUUAAGUUUAAUUGUUUAGUUAAGAAUAAUGUGAAAAAUUAAUGUAUUAAUAAAACGAGAGUACGGAUACGGAUUACGCUGUCAGAAAAAUAUAAUUAUUAACAAUGAUUAUUGAAUAUCUCACAACUUUUCAUUUACAAGACUGCGUAAAUAUACUAUCAGAACAUGACAUUUUGGGAUAUUACAGCAUCAAAAUAGAUUUUUUAAAACUUUUCGAAACUUAUCCUGAUGUUGGCGAAAAAGUGCUUUGUAGUCCUGUUAAUACGAUACCUGUUUGUAAUAAAGAUAUAAUAAAAGUUCAACAAAAUAUUUUAGAAAGAGAAGAAUACAAAUCUAUACUUUUAAAGUUGCCUUUCCAUAACUUAAAAAGGAAUGUACAUGCAAGAUUUUUUGGGUUACCGGUUUGUCCUGAGUUACACAGGACAAUAUUUCCUAAAAAUGUUGAUUUAGGAUGCUUUGUAAAAGUCACAGGCACUGUGGUGCGUGUAACACAGGCAAAGAUGCUUGAAUAUCAAAGAAUAUAUGUGUGUAUGAAAUGCAAAUAUGAAAAUUCUGUGGAAGCAGAUUUUGAAUACCGUUACAUAUUAAAAGCACCAUCAAAGUGUGGGAAUACUGAAACAAGAUGCAAAUGCUCCACAUUUACACAAGUUAAUCUUGUUUCUAGAGAGCAUUGUAAAGAUUAUCAAGAAAUUAAAAUACAAGAGCAAGUAAAUAAACUCAGUAUUGGAACAAUACCUGGAUCUAUGUGGGUUAUUCUGGAAGAUGAUUUAGUAGACUGUUGUAAGCCAGGUGAUGAUAUAAUUAUUUGUGGUACAGUACGCCGACGAUGGCGUCCUUCACUACAAAAUAAAAAAUCAGAGGUGGAACUUGUUUUGCAAGCUAAUUAUGUGGAAGUUAUAAAUGCUCAAAGAUCAGAAGUCAUAGCUAUGGCUCCUGACAUUAAGGACUGUUUUGAUGAUUAUUGGAGAAAGUACGAACAGUGUCCAUUGAAAGGCAGGGAUCAAAUACUUUCAUCUGUUUGUCCUCAGGUUUAUGGUCUCUAUUUAGUAAAGCUGGCUGUUUUACUGACUGUUAUAACAGGUUCGGAUCAUAAGGUAGAAAAUGAAGGUAAUCAAACCAAGUCCGAUGAGAAACUCAAAACACAUGUUCGAGGACAAUGCCAUUUGUUACUUGUUGGUGAUCCUGGUACUGGAAAAUCACAAUUAUUAAAGGCUGGUGCCGAGUUAACACCCCGAUCAGUGUUUACGUCAGGAGCUGGCAGUACAAGAGCCGGACUGACAUGUGCUGCUCUUAGAGAGGAAGGUGAGUGGCAAUUAGAAGCUGGUGCAUUAGUAUUAUCUGAUGGUGGUGUUUGCUGUAUAGAUGAGAUAUCACAUUUAAGAGAUCAUGACAGAACUGCUAUACAUGAAGCUAUGGAACAACAGACUAUAUCAGUCGCAAAGGCUGGAAUAGUAUGCAAGCUGAACACCCGGUGUGCUGUCAUAGCUGCAUGUAAUCCAAAAGGGCAGUAUCAAAAAGAUGAGCCACUUAGUGUCAAUGUAUCCUUGGGAACCCCAUUGUUAAGUAGGUUUGAUUUGAUAUUUAUUUUGCUGGAUUCAAAAAACAAAACAUGGGACAAAUUAGUGUCAUCCUACAUACUUUUUGGUGAUGCUAAACAAAAAGAGGCAAAAAAGAAAUGGAGUAUUGAAAAGCUACAGAUGUAUAUAGGCUUAAUAGGGCCAAGACAUACUCAAAUGACAAAAUCAGCAAAUACAAUAUUACAGUGUUAUUACAUGAUGCAGAGGAAAUCAGAAUACAGAGAUCCAUCUAGAACUACUGUCAGAAUGCUUGAUAGUUUAAUUAGAUUAUCACAAGCUCAUUGUCGCCUUAUGUAUAGAACUACUAUAUUACCAAUAGAUGCUAUAAUAGCUAUUUCCUUAGUUGACUUAUCAAUGCAAGACUGUACAUUAGAUGACACAGUAGACGCUUUACAUUCUACUUUUGUAGAGUAUCCAGAUUUUAAUUAUUUGUGCAUAGCAAAGAAAUUGUUGAUUAGAAUGAAUUUAUUUCACAUUUGGAAAGAAGAGUUGCUUUACUAUGGAAAAUUGCUACAAGUAGAUCAUAAAACCUUAGAAACUUAUAUUGAUAGUGAAAACUUUAAAAUAUUUGUCAAAUAUGAUGAUGUCACAGAUGAUAAUAUACCGCUAUCUGCUUCAAUUGUAACUAGUUCAUACUUUAACAAGAAAAAUCCUAAUUGUGAUGGUGAAAGAUAUGACAACAAACAUAAAAAUAACAAAGAAAAUUCAAAUGAUAAAGUUAUUCAUGAUAAAUUGGCAGCAACUUUGAAGAAACAUGCUACUUUAAACAAAGUUGAAAAAGAACUCCCUCAUGUUGGCAAAAAGAAAAAAGCUACUAAACGAAAACGAAAAGAAGUAACAAUUGAUACUAGUUUUUUUGGAAAUAAAAAACAAAAAAGUAAAAGGAAGAAUAAAAAAAUGGAAUCCAACGGUAAUCUGUCUGAUAGUAUUGUUUGUAACGAAAAUGAAAUUUUAAAAGCAGUACCAAGUGUAAAUGAUGUAUUUACAGAACUGGAUAUUGAUUUUAAAAUCCUCAAUAAUUCUUACUGUGAUACAGAUACAAGUGAUAUAAACAAUAAAAAUUCACAAACUGAAAUUGAUGCAGAAAAAGAAAAACAGUCAUGUAUCAACAAUAUAGAAAUCAAGUUAAAACUUAAUGAUAAGAAACUGUUAGAUACAACAGCAAAUAAACUAAAACAAUUUGAAUUUACGGCGAAACACGAUUUCAACAAAUUUUAUGGUGAAAAUUCUAAAAUUAAUAAUAUAGCUAAAACGGAAACAACAGUUAAAUUAUUGAAUACUGAAGAUAAAAAUGUAUUUCAAAAGCCAUCACGAUUAAGUUCCCAAAUAUCAAUUUUCGAAAGUACCGACUGUGAUAUUGAUUUAGAUAUAUAGAAAAAAAAAUUAAAUUAUUUUAUCAUGGUUGAAAAAAAAGCCUAAUAUUAAUGUAUAAAGUUUUAUUAUUUUUAGUUAUAUUUAUACUGUUUUCUAAGUUAAUAAAUAAAAAAUGCUA